AUGUCGGGCAUUCCGACGACGCCCAACAUGCGUUCGGGCCUACCGACACCCUCGUCAGCCUCGAGAAGAAUCUCGCCGUCGCAUGCCGGGCUGAGCCCUUCGAUCGACAGUCCGGACACGAGGUUCAAGAAGCAGACACUGGCCGAAGCCAUCUCGAAUAACGACCCGGCAAAGUACCGCCUCUCCGGCUCGUCGUCCUCGGUCGCAUCACCCGGUGGAGGCCGCGAAGACGUCGACUCGGAUGGCAACUCGCCGCUGCUCGUCGCAGGUCGGCUUCCCCGCGCCUCUCUCAUCUCGCGCAGGUCGCAUUCGUCGCUGCGAUCCGACACGCCUCCCACCAGGCUCGCUCCGUUGCCCAAGGGCUCGCCCUCGGCGGGCUCAGAGACCUCGCCCGGCUCCAGCAGCUCGAUCGCACGCAGCAAGAGCCCGUUCGCUCCAGCAGCCAUCACAACCCGCAGUGUGGCCACCCCCAAACGCUACUCGGACAUGCAUGCGCGCGGAAGCUACACACCUUCGCUCGUCAGCAGAACGCCUUCCCACACCUCGUCGACCGCCGCCUCUCGCGCAAAGGAGACCGUGCGUCGCGGGAGGGAGCUCGAAAUCGGCGACGUGGUGCGCAUGGAGGGAUCCGAGCUGGUCGGUGUGCUCCGUCACCUCGGACCCGUCCAGUUCAAGCCAGGCUUUUACGCAGGUCUCGAGCUCACCGGCGACAGCGUCGGCAAGGGCAAGAACGAUGGCAGCGUCCAAGGCACCCAGUACUUUGCCUGUGCUCCAGGCAACGGCGUCUUCUGCCCCGCCUCCAAAGUCGUCGCCAUCAACGAUUCGCCACCCACCGACGCCGUCGCCCGCCCGGCUUCCUCCAUGUCCAACCGACCCUCGUCUCGUGCUUCGGACCUUCCCGAUCGCCAAGGCGCCAUCACUCCCUCUCGACGCCGCGCCAGCACCGUCUCUCGCCCACCCUCCGAGACCCCUUCCCGCGCAUCCUCUCGUAUCAGCGUGCGCCCUCCCUCCACGACGCCGGCAAGCAGACCCGCCUCGGUCCUGUCUACCUCUCGUCCGGCCAGCCGACUCGCGGCGCGCAAGAGCCUUGCUGGCACCGCCUCGCGUCAAGCCGACGAUGAAGACACGUCACGUCAUCAAGCUUCCAAGAUCGGCCAGACGAGCCCCGUACGCGCUCCGGCGCAAUCGGCGUCCUCGACAGCCACCCGCACGCCCAGAACGUCGCUCGCAGGCUCACGCGCCGCCUCCAGCGUCCUGCAAAGCACACCCAGCAUGGCCAAGAAACGACAGAGCUUGGGCGGCAUCCCAACACCGCGCGCUACCAAGGGCCGAGCUUCGAUGUUCGCCCGUCCGGGCGGCAUCCCGUCCGCUACCGAUUCAGGCAUGCCUCCGCCCCCAAGUCCGACCAAAGACGGCCGCGCAGGAGGUGCGUCCAGUGUCUUGUCCAUGCGCUCUAGCAGCCGACUCGGUCGUGAUGCAUCGGAUCUCGAAAAUUCGCCCGGCUCCCGUCAAGACACCAACGCAAUCUCGGACUCCAACUUGGAGAAGAAUCGCGUGCUGCUCGAACAGAUGGACCUCACGCCUCGCAAGUCGGCUCAGCUCGCUGCUGCGCGUUCCCAGUCUAGAGCAGAGAGCAGAGCAGGCCUCCAUGACGAUCUCACGCACGACUCUGUCGCCGAGGCUGUGGUGCCUCUGUCACUCUACGAGGAUCAGGUAGCCGAUUACGAUAAGCUGCGUCUGCAGCUGCAGGAGCUCGAGAAGCAGAAUGCCGAGCUUCGCCGUGCGCAGGAAGCGAGGAAGGCACGAGCCUCCGAGGUGCGCUCCAACGAGGCCAUUCUUGAGGCAGAACGCGUCAAGAUGCGAGCAGAGGCACGCGACAGGCAGGCCGAGAUGGAGGAAGAGCGCCGCCUCGAGCGAGCCGACGAGCUCCGUCGCCGCAAGGAGAUCGAAGAGCGCGAAAGAGAGCUUCGAGACAAGAUGAGCAAGAAGGACGACGACCAUCAGCGCUACCAGCAAGAAGCCGAGAGCAGGCAGAAGAGCUUGCAGGUAAAGCUCGAGGCGAGCGAGCAGCUGGUCAAGGAGAUGAAGGACCGCAUCGAGCACGAAUCCGCGCGUGGCGAGUCUCAAGAGACCCUGCAGACCCAGCUGCAGCUCAAGGACGCCGAGAUCGACAGCCUCAAGUCGUCGCUUCGCCGGCUGGAAGAAGAGGCGCAGGCGUCGCGAGACGCGUUGAGCCGCCAGAUUGACGAGCUCAAGGACGCCGGUCGCGAGACCAUCAGCCUGUACGAGCAGAGGAUCGAAGAGAUCGACAGCGAGCGGAUCGAAGUGCUCGAAAACAUGCAGCUGCUCCAAGACAAGGCGCAGGAGGCCAUCCGAGCUGCCGAGACUCGUGUCGAGGAGCUCCAAGCCGCCCUCAGCUCGCAGCAGAGCCGCAGUGGCGGCCUCGAGGCUGGCAGCGCCGCCGCCAUCGACAACGAGGCGUUGCGCGAGCAAGUCGCUCACCUGCAGGAUAAGCUCGGCAAGUACGAAGACCAGAUCUCCGAGGCGGCACUCAACCUCGAAAAGGAGAAGGAGUACGCGCAGAAGCGGCGCGACAAGUCGCACGAGGUCGAGACGAGCCUCAAGAAUGAGCUCAAGCGCAUGCGCGUCGAGGCAGAGCGUGCUCAGCGUGCCAGCAAAGAGCAGCUCGCGCAGCUCGAGGAAACGCGGCAUGCCCUGCAGGAGAGCCAGCAUGCUCUGGAGCGUGAGCGCGCCGAACUCGAGGGACUCAGGCUGGAUGCCGAAAACUUCAAUGCGCUCAAGAGCGGCCCCGAAAGCCUCGCGGCCUCCGGUGCGGCUGCAGCAGAGUGGCGGAGCGAAAAGGCGAAGCUCGAGGCUGAGCUUGCACGACAGAAGGAGGACAAGACGGCCGAACUUGGUGCGCGCGACGACGAGAUUCGCCGGUUGCGCAUGCAGCUGGAGAAGGCCGGCCCGACGGCAGGCGAGGCGGAACGCAGCCCUCGCUCGCCUGAUGCAAACCGGCUGUCGACGGCUUCGAUCGGGAGCACGAGCAGCUACCUCAAAUCCUCGAAUCGGAUGUCCUCGAACGGAGCCUAUGCGGCGAGCGAGGCGUCGGCAGCGUCGUCGGCGAAUCAGAUGUCGGGACUGAGCUACCUCGUUCGUCAGCUGAGCGACGAGAACAACGACAUGAAGACCAAACAUCGUCUGCUCGAGUCGGAGCUCAAGGCACGCGUGCAGGAGGCCGAGACCAAGUCGCGGACACUCGAACUCACAGUCGAAUCGCUGCGACAGCAGCUAGAUGCGCGUCAAGACGGCCAGGACGGCGUUGCGGACACGUCGAUGCUGGCGGAGAAGCUGGCGACGAGCGAGGCGCGGCUGCAUUCGAGCGAGACGACGCUGGCGGAUCUGCGGUCGACGCUCGAGGCGACCAAGAUGGAGCGCAAGGAGACGGCCGACUCGCUGCAGAAGGAGGUGUCGCAGCUCGAGUCGCUCGUCGAGGCCCGCAUCUUCCGCGAGGAAGAGCUGAUGGCCGAAGUGGAACGUCUUUCGCGCAAGCUCGACGAGCGCAGUCCGGCGAGGCGGUUUUCCAAGCUCGAGCCGGAAGCCACCAAGGCUGCGGACCCGAUGCGUGCCGAAGCUGCCAAGGCACCGGUGGCAACAGGCUCUUCCAGCCGGGAUGCGCCUGCACCCAGCACGGCAAUUCCCGCCCAGGGAGAGGCCGAGCCGUGCGACGAUUGCGGAGAAGUAGGACACCGCUUUGAAGACUGUCCCUAUGCUGCCGAGAUCUUCUGA